CUCACUGAUCACUGCCUUUGCUUAGCAAGUGAGCACACAGCUUUGCAUGUGCGGUGGCACGCAGUAGCACGCGCUACCUCAGCUCCCCGAGAGAGGAACAGUGAGAGAGAUCAGGAGCAGAGAGGUCGCCGCUGCCGCCGUCGUUGAUCGAGGAGAGAGACUCGGCAAUGGCAUCAUUCGACGCCAUGGAGGGGGAGAGCUCGCCGUCGCGGUCCAGCUCCAGCAGCGGGUGCCAGUCCGGCUGGACGCUAUACCUCGAGCAUUCUAACGGGGCGCGCUGCGACCCCGCCGCCCAGCAGAGGUGGAUGGUGCUGCAGGCGGAGCACGCCGACGAGGAGGAGGACUCCAUGGCCUCCGACGCGUCCUCCGGCCCGCGGCCGCGUCCGCGCGAGCCGGAAGCGGACGCGGCGCGGCAGGAUUUCGAGCUUCGACACGGGUUCGUCGUCGUCGACCAGCGCAGCUACUACCACUACCCCACCACCAGUUGCGCUGGCCACCGCGGCAGCGGGAGCGGCUCCGGUCGUAGUUUGGGCUCCUCCACGUGUUCCCGGAGCUCGCAGGGUGGGGCCAAGGGCGGCGUCGCGAGGAGGGCUGCCGCCGUCGUCUUCCAAGGCGGCGACGCCACGGCCACGCGCCAGUACCGCGAGGUCAUCGUCAUCGACGACGACGACGACGACGAGCUCGACGACACCGCGAGCUCGUCGGCCGUCUUCAGCUGCCCCAUGGCCAUGGUGCAUGCACGUUGAUUUCGAUCUCCACAACGGAGUAGAACGAGAGUUCUGACAGUGCUAGUAGGCCAGGCCAUGUACAACAACGCAGUAGAAACGCCAGUUGUGUUUCUGUAGCAAGCUAGUUUUUGUUCCUUUCAGGCGUGUUCAGUGUGUGCGUACAAGAACUCUUUGGUACUCUGAAGUCUGAACUCCGAACAUGUAGGGCACAAAUCAGUUUCACCAGGAAACGACAUUUUUUUUUCUCUG